UAACUUUAUCCUUCUAAAUAUGGUCACAUGCAUGACAAGUGAUCAUUUUUAAAAGAUCUUUGAUAGAAUAUAGAUGGAAAUAUGAUGUUGGUAGCAAAACUUGAAGUCAUAUAUCAAACUAAUCGGGGAAAAAAGAGUUCAGGCAUUGAUGGUUAAUUUAACUUCUUAGAAAGCUAUCUCUCAAGAAAAAAAAAUGCUUUUUUUCUCUAACCUUCGCGAGAGCAUUUUUUCGAUGGCGGCUGGCCUUGGCUAGUGGCAAUCUUGCAUCUGCGAUCGAGAAGGGGUGUCUCUCUUCUCUCCUUCGUCGUUUCCUCGGGGGUGACAAUGAGCGCGCUCGAUUCCUCUCUGUGUUUGUAGACUGUGGCCUCUUUGCUCUGGCCGUAUUUGCGGUCGGUGAUGGCUGGGAUAGCUAUAUGGUGGCUGAUCUGAUAUUGGAUCGGUCUCCGAUCGUUGGUCCUCAGGUUGGGAUGCCCAGAGAAGAUUAGAUUAUUGGGGCAGUAUGGUUAUCGGCGCGUAGAGAUGAUUGGAAGCCAAAGGUUGAAGGCAGAGGUUGGUUAGAUUUAGGUAUUUUGGGUCGGGGUUUCUCCCUUGUUGGUGGUGGAGCUUUAGGUGAUACGGGCUGGUCGUGGUGUCCUUCUCAUGACGGCGGCAAUGUUGAGGACUGUUGGGACACGUUUUUGGCAUACUACGAUAGAUUUCGGAAAGUUGAGUGGCAACUCUCGUCCCAGAGAUGUUGGACGCGGAAACCAAGGUGGCGGCAGCUUCCCUAAAGUUUGUGUUGAGUGGUUCUCUUGGGCCUGGCCUUGGUUGGGGGUGUCUGCUAGAGUUUUUCAAAUCUGGGCCUUUUUGGUUUCCCCUAUGGAUCUUGGGCUUUCGGUGGGUUUGGUUGUUUUGGGCUCAAAGAGUCUCUAUGUUUUUAUUUUUCACUUUAGCUUUGGGCCUUCAUUCAUUUUUGUUCAUUCUUUUUCAAGAAAGAAUGAUGGGUCUAUGCUAAGCAUUUAAAUUUUUUAGGUCGCAAAAAUCAUAAUCUCUGAGGGUUUUUUAUUCUUGCUUCAGAGGUUAUUGAUCUUUGUGUGGAAUAAAAGUGCGUGAAUUGUCUAAAAGGUGGGUGUACUGAGAGUAUAUUGCAUUCUUGUUCUUGUUUAGAAUAGGAGUCUCAGCGUACUCUGAGAAACGAUUAUUUCUGUCGACUCCAUAGGGGUGUUUCGUUUUUGUACUGCUUGCUGAAUCUAUAUAAUGGGCUGACCUUUUUUGAUUAAAAAAAAAAAACUUUUUAAAAUUUUUAAUUGCAGCUUAAUUAUUUGUGACGGCUUUUCAAUUGUAGCUUAAUGGUUUUGGCGGCUUUAUAAAGAAAUUUAAGUGUAUUCAAUGACUCAAUUUCAACUAGAGGAUUAUGAAUGUAUAUAUCGUUUACCUAACCUUUGAAUAAUAUUUCAAUAAUGUAAUAAGUCAUAUAAUAGAAGAUUAGGAUUCUUGUAUAAAUAGUGCCUAAGAAUGAAAAGCAACAAAACGACCCAAGCAAACUAGAAUAACAGAAAAACAUGGAAAACCAGAGAAUUAGCUCAAAAAACUAUGUCUCUGCUUGGAAUUUGGGAGGUUUAGUUGUCACUCAGAUGGCUCUAAAAGCUGCAAUCGAACUCAAUGUCUUCAAUAUCAUAGCCAAUUCAGGACCUGGAGCUCAUCUCACAUCGAAAGAAAUUGUAUCUCAAAUCUCCACCAUGAAUCCAAAUGCAGCAGCUGAGAAUUUGAAGCGAAUAUUAAGAGUUCUAAGUGUGCAUUCUUUGUUAUCUGUAUCUCAAAGGCCAAGCUUAAAUGGUAAGACAGUAGUAGAAGAGACUUAUGGUUUAACAAAUGAUACUCUUUGCCUAGUUCCAAAUGAAGAUGGAGUUUCCUUGGCUCCAUAUAUUAUCUUUGCUUCUGAUAUGACCCUUGUGAAAAGCUUGUCCAUGCUCAAAGAAACAGUGCUUGAACCUGGGAGCAUUCCUUUCAACAAGACUCAUGGUGUGUCCAUGUAUGAGUACAUGUCUGAGAAACCUGAGCUGAGCCAAUUGUUUAAUAAGGCUAUGGGACAAAGUUCCAUCCUUGAUUUUGAAGAGGUGUUAAAUGUUUACAAAGGUUUUGAAGAGAUAAAAGAGUUGAUGGAUGUUGCAGGAGGCACUGGAACUACAAUUGCCAAAGUAGUAUCUAGGUAUCCACACAUUCAAGGAAUUAACUUCGAUUUACCUAAUGUUGUCGCUCAAGGAAUUGCUAAAUACCAAGCAGGUGUGAAACAUGUUGGCGGAGAUAUGUUUGAGUUGAUACCAAAUGCACAGUCUAUUAUGUUGAAGCGGAUACUUCAUAAUUGGGACGAUGAUCUAUGUAAGAAAAUAUUAAAAUGUUGUUGGGAAGCAUUACCAGAAAUCGGGAAGGUAAUAGUUGUGGAGUUUGCAAUACCAGAAAUAGUGGAGAAGACAGCAGAUUUGGAGAAAAUAGUGACAUUAGACAUCAUAAUGAUGGCUUAUCACGGCAGUAAAGAACGAACAAUUGCUGAGUUUGACUACCUAUCGAAAGCUGCAGGAUUCAGUGAAAUGAAGAUUUUUCCGAUUUCACAUGGUUGUUAUGUUAUGGAACUUCACAAGUUGAAACAUAUUAGAUAGAUGAUAUAUGUGAUCAUCUAUGACACACGUCUUUCUCCUUUUAGUUAUAUGAAUAAAUUUAUGACUCUCUCGUAUGCUUCAUGCAUGAGAGUAAUCAUACGGCUGAUUUUUAGCAACCAUAAAACUAGUUUUAUUCAUUUUGUUGGUGACAUGUGCAACCCAGAAUGGAUCUGUUUUUAGUUUUGAUUUGGCUUGUUUGUAACUGUAUGUCCUUUGAGGUUGGUUCUCAACUUCCUAGCUACCUCUCAUUGUACUUGUUUUAAUAUUUCAUGAUCAAUAAAAUUAUGGGUUAAAUACUGUUUACUCCCUGAACUUUCAGGGAAAAAACAGUUUAGUCU